AUGUUAAAAUACAAACAAUUACAUCAUGAGUCUUAUACUGAUAUUGUUAUUGUUUAUGAUAAUGAAAAUAUUUUUAUUAAAAGAAAUUAUGAUUACAUUUUAAAUAAUAAAAUAAUACUAUGUUUAAAAAUAACAAACUUUGUCAUGAAUCAUUCUACUAAUGAUAACCAGACUGGAUCUAGUGGAAGAAAUGAUAUCAUUAUGUCCACUGUUGAUAACUGCAAUGUUCAUGGAGAUGAAGAUAAAAGAAAUCGUGGUGAAAAGUGUAAGAUCAUCUCACAAUAA